GCAUGGCAUCGAUGACCAUCUUGUCGCUGUAUGAGCGCAUUCUGUCGCAUGUGAAUGCCUCGGAGCUUCGUCGCUCCUCCAACGCCAUCCUCCAAGAGGAAUACUCCGCUCUGGACAAGUCCGUGGGCGACGUCAUUGCAACUUACGCCAAGGUGGAGGAAGUGCGCGAUGCGGUGAACCAACUAGAACAGGGCAAAGCGUUAACCCGACGCAGCAAUACGCUCCUGGAAGUAAUGGACAGCACGCUGCAAUUGCAACAGGAAUUGCAUAGUAAAUUGACGGAACUGGCUGAUGGAAUGAAGGUGGGAGACGAGAAUAAAAUGGGUAAAAGGAAGCGGGACGAGAAGGAGCAGGAGGAGGAUGCCUCUUCAAGUGAUUCCUCAUCGUCCUCGUCCAGUAGUAGCAGUGAAGACGACAGUGAUGUUGAUGAAGCAGAAGACUUGAGUAAACACAAAAUGCAAAGAGUAGUGGGGCAAUCAAAGCAGUCUAAUGCCCGCAAGUCUGCUACUACAAGUGACAAGAAGGACAAUUCCGAUCUAUCUCUAGCUCACGAUACUCUCGCCUUUCUUUCGAAGAUAAGGACGGUCGAUCAGAAGAUUGAAUCGACGAUAAAGAACCAGUGGGCGGAGACGCUGUUCAACCUUAAGCUGAUACUCAAUCGCCUGUCAAGUCGUUACGCUCACACAACAGACAAAUCGACGGCUCAAGUCACUGCUCGCGCACUCGAAGCUGCCGUGGUGGCGUUCACAAUGCUCGAAUCGACACCUGAACUCGCGGAGGAUGUGCGCGCUUUGUUUGCUGUAUUGUCGGACGCUUGCUCCAAGAACGAGAUGCUGAGAUUUUACUUCCACCGAGCUCGAGCUGAAUUAGAGAGUCUCGAGAUGAAUAUCUCCCGCUCUAUCUCAGAGUCGUCUGGAGAGGGUACCAGCGUGAGCGCCAUGUCGCUGGAUGACCAGCUUCUGUUUUUUCAAAAUUUGGUCGAGAAAGUUAAGAUUUUGCCAACACGCGAAAAGGCAAAACACAUUAUCGAAGCGCUCGAUGUGAUGCAGCAUGCGAUGGCCAAUGAUUCCCACUGCGCACGUCAAACAGAGGUGCGCUACUCCGCCGAAGUCGUGAAGAACUGGAUUGGUGCAGUUCCAUUCCAGGAUGACCUGGGCAAUGAAUUUGAAUCCUAUGCGUUCAAUCUUGCUCAGUAUAGCAAAAAACUUAAAGGCAGCAGUAACCAGGUUGGAUGGAAAAGACGUGCUGAUAAUCUGCUUAUAAAGCUUAAUGAGAAGAGAAAGCAGUCCACGGAGAAGUCUCAUGCACCGCCAACGACGUCAAAAACGACAAGAAAAAUGAUGGAUCGACUGAAGGCGAUAAUUACUCAAGUGGAGCAGUGGCAGGACGGCAUUUUUGCUUUGAAUCAACUGGACAAGGCCAUCAAGGGAUUUGGAGAAGUGAUGUCGUACAAGUCGAAGGACUGGAAUGCACUUGCAGAUCCCAACUCCCGCGCGUGCAUGGACAAGUUGGUUGGCUGCAUUCAGUUUAUCAAGAAACAAGCUCAUCAUGACAAGUAUUUGAAGGCAGUCAACAAAUGGAAGAGAAGUGUUGUCAAAAAUUGAUGAUAGCGCUGGUUUUGAAUCAGUAAUGCUUCCACCAGCUAACAUUCGUGAAAACAGCAAUAAAGUGAACAACCAUGAUAUCCAAGGUGGCGGACACGGCAAACUAUAACAAUCCACUCAAGUUUGGGGUAUCUGGAUGAAUUCAUUCAAGAUACAUGUUUUACAUGUUAAUAAAAAAAAUACACUAUGACUAGACCCCA